AUGGCUCCAACAUCCAUUUUUGCGGCGAAUAACAUCGCUUUAAUUACCGGGGGUGCUUCAGGCGUCGGUCUUGCAGUUGCCCAGCUCUGCCGUAAACAUGGCAUGAAGCUUGCACUGGUGGAUCAGAACGCAGAUUACCUCGCAAAAGCGAAAGAAUCUUUCAACUCUAGCGAUGUCGAGACGUAUCAGGUUGAUGUUUCCCAACUCGACCAAUGGAGCGACCUGAAGUCAAAGGUACAGCAGAAGUUUGGAGGCGUUGACUUCCUGAUGCUAAACGCAGGCAUUGGGCUCAAUGGAGACUGGGGCGAUAGCGAAUACUUUCAGAAGGCAAAUAUUGCACCUGCUCACUUCUUUUUCCUGUUUUCACGCUAA